GCCCGAGAGAGUCAUAAAGCAAAUGAGGGAGAGAUCGGGUCAGUGAGGCAUUACGGCAUUAUUUGCUGUCCGUUUAGGGAGAGAAUAAGAGGGAGCUCGGUAGAAAAGAGGGAAAAGAGGGAGAGCCCGAGAGGAAAGCACCCGCAGACGCCGCCCAAAGGCAAGCACCCGCCAUCGCCUGCCUGGUGGUUGCCGUCCACCGGUCGUUCACCGCGGCCGCCGCCAUCUCCGCCACCGGUCGUCCAUCGCCGCCGCCGCCGUCAUCGCCACCGGUCGUCGAAGCUUUUCAGUUUUCAAAAGAAACAGAGGCCAUUCCUGCUCGAUCAAGUUCCUUGCCAUCUCUUUAGGUGCACAACAAUCGAAAGCAUAGACUCACGGCCAACUGCAGCAACUGGCGCCAUCGUUGAAGAAGAUUGUGUGAGCCAUAAGAUGGUGUGGAAGCACAGGUCCAGCUCCAGCCUCCACAAAACAUAAGGCGCCCAAAUUCGGCCGCCCAAAUUCACCCGAAAGUUCGAAACCGAAUGGCGAAAGUAAAACUGCCGAAGGGGGAAGCCGUGAAGGCGAAGGGGCGAACCGGCGAGUGAAGGGCAAGGCUGCAGGCCCACAACCGCGCAGUGGCGAAAUAAAGUGGAGAGAGAGACAUCGGAUAACAGAAGAAAGCGCGAGAAAAAGAAGGAAGGAGAAGGCAAGGAAUAAGCAGGAGGGCCGGGAACCCGUAUAGGGGGGACCUGGGCGUGCCGCACAAUGACCCUGGACGGUUCGUGAGCAUCUGGAUAGGAUCCGUCGCCUUCUCCGUCAUCACCUGGUUCCGCCCCUACCUCUGGCAACUCUCCAACUCCUACAAUUGGCAUGAUCGAGCUAUGCUAUAUGAACAAUAUCAUUGGAAGAAAGCGAUGAAAAAGGGGCAACUAUACAGCUUCCAAGGACGCUUAUUCGGGUACACCCAUGACUGGUCGGAGGAAGGUAUGCCCUGUCAAUUAUUUCAAUGGAUCUAUCAGUAUUCUUUAUUUAUUCUGGGUCUGAAUCGAAAAGUAUGUAGCUAGGCGUGUAGUAUGGUUUCCUCUCUUGCUAGAGGCAUCUAUGCAAGUACCAAGAUGAGUUCCACACUCUCCAUUUUCUCUUUUCUUCUUUAUGAUAUCAAAUAAUGAACAUGUCAACAGUGUCAAUGCUCUCGCUAGCGCAGUGUCGUGAAACCUAUAAUUUCCUGAGGUAAACCAAGCUAAUUAUUACCCGGCUCAUGAUUUGGAGGCACAAAAUGGGUUAGAGCGCUAGAUUGUUGUCGAAUAAAAUCUGAUUAACCGGGCCAUUUUUGUUGUCAACAUAAAAAUAUGUAUAUCAGGCAUGUUUAGGAUACAUUUAGGAUAACAAAACAGAUAAAUUUGUAUUUAGUUCCUUCAACCAAGUGUUCUAUCCAAGAGUUGCACCUCGAACAUGAAUACAAUAUAGUUCCUGACUUAACCCGUUUCCAACAUAAUUUCGUCGCUUGCAUUUGGUGUAACCACAAUCCAUCUUGGUCAGGCAACACCAUGAGGUAAUCUCAUCAACUUUCCAUGAGCCUCAUAAAUAGAACCAUGCCAAGCUGUUGUUUUGGUGCAGUGACGACCCGAAACUGCUUACCCAAACAAUGCGGACCAAAGGACGUGCUUAUUGUUUUAGUUUAUUAUUCUAGUUUAUGGAUGUCAAUGAAUCCGAUAUAUUUUUCUCUAAGAUAGUUAUGCUCAUUAUUUUAAUUUAUUAUUAUAAGUUAGGAAUAUUGAUUAAUUCGAAUCGAAUAUACUCUUAAACCUUAAACGAAUAUAGUUACCCUCAGCUUGCAUGGCAAGUUUGUGCGCAGCCUGUGCCCACCAACUAUUUGUUUCUAUACCACCGAUACACAUCAUUGAUCCAUGCCAGGGUAUAUUUCAAAAAUAGAAUCAUGUUAAACCAUUUUUCCUGGUUCUGGGGUGACUGGAAACUUUGCGGCGCAGUGACCUGAAAAAAAGCAAGGGACAUGCCCCUUAUCCUGGUCCUUUGUCAAGUAUAUUGGCUUUAAUGGAUCCGAUUUCCAGGGCCUACUCCUUAGUGCACCGAUCCCUGGUUAGGGCUGGUCCUCACCUAAAACAUCUGUACCAAGUCCAUGCACACAUGGUUGUUACUGGUCAGCACAGGAGCACCACACUGCUAACCAAGCUGCUCGCACUUAGCUGCAUGGCGGGAUGCGCCUCAGCCUAUGCCAAUCAACUCUUUGUUUCUGUACCCUGCAAGGAUGCCUUUCUAUAUACAACAGUUAUUCGUGCCAUGGCAAAGUCCAACCUCCCUGAGGAUGCCCUUCAUUCCUACUCCCUCAUGCUCGGCUCUGGAUUGGCACCCUCCUCUUUCACUUUGACGGCCUCCAUCAAGGCUUGUGCAGAUCUGGCCAUGCUUUUCAUUGGUCGGGCUGUUCAUUCUCAUGCUGUGACAUGGGGUUUUAGAUGAGAUAGGUUUGUUCAGGCUGCUUUGGUUGCAAUUUAUGGUAAAUGCGGUGAUCUUACAACAGCGAGACAAGUGUUUGAUGAAAUGCCUGAGAAAAGUGUGAUUGCUUGGAAUGCGAUGAUUGCUGGAUAUGAGCAAAACGGGCUUGCUGCAGAGGCUGUUGUCAUCUACGAUAACAUGGAACAAGCCAGAGUGGAGCCCGACGCAGCCACCACGGUUAGUGUGCUCUCUGCAUGCUCUCAACUGGGUGCUUUGGAUCUGGGGGAGCGGUUGCAUGAUCUCAUCUUGAAGAAGGGAAUUGCGAUCAGCCUGACCCUGGGCACUGCCUUGAUUGACAUGUAUGCACGGUGUGGCCGUGUUGACAAGGCACGGGCAGUGUUUGAUAAAAUGCAGCAAAAAAAUGUGGUUGCCUGGACGGCCAUGAUUGCAGGGUAUGGAAUGCAUGGCUUUGGACUGGAAGCUGUACAAGUGUUCAACGAGAUGAGGAUUUCAGAAACAAAGCCAAAUGAUGUCACAUUCAUUGCUGUGUUGUCUGCGUGUGCCCAUGCGGGGUUGGUAAGCCAUGGCCUGCAUGCAUUUAAAUGCAUGCAAAAGGAUUACCACUUGAAACCAAGAGCUGAGCAUCAGGUUUGCAUGGUUGAUAUGCUUGGCCGAGCUGGGCAUCUGGAAGAAGCAGUACAGUUCAUUAAUACGGACAUACAAGGUGAAGUGCCAGCCGCAGUGUGGACAGCAAUGCUUGGUGCAUGCAAGAUGCACAACAAGCUUGAACUAGGUGAAGAAGUUGCUGAGCAUCUUCUCCAGGCAGAGCCCAACAAUUCUGGACAUUAUGUGCUGCUAUCCAACUUGUAUGCGGCAGCAGGAAGAACGGACAAGGUGGAGAUUGUGAGAAGUAUGAUGAAAAGCAGAGGACUGAAGAAGCAACCAGGAUACAGCUUAAUUGAAAUUGGCAACCAAGCGCAUGUGUUCUGCAUUGGAGACAAAAUACACCCAGAAACCAUGGAGAUACAUGCAGAAAUGGAGGUGUUGAUGUGGAAGUUGAGAGAAGUAGGUUAUAUACCGUAAACAGAUUCAGUCUUGCAUGAAUUGGAGGAAGAAGAAAGGGAAGUUGCAGUAAAGUUUCACAGUGAGAAGCUGGCUGUCGUAUACGGAUUGAUGAAAACCAGCCAUGGAAAACCAAUUAGGAUACUUAAGAACCUCAGAAUGUGCUCAGAUUGUCAUACAGCCAUGAAGUUUGUAUCGGUGAUAUCUGAAAGAGAAAUAACUAUAAGAGAUAAGCACAGGUUCCAUCAUUUCAAGCAAGGACUAUGUUCAUGUAGAGACUAUUGGUGAAACUGUUCACUAGAAACAGAAGUGAAUCCGUGUUGAGAUUGAAAUCAUCUUAAGAUUUCCAGCAACUCAAUAUAGCCGGUUUUUCAA